AUGACCCAGACCCUCUCUUCCUCCGAGCUCGAUGGUGGUCCGCCGCCCCCCUGCGGCGACUCUGUAUGGUCCAUUUUCCAGCACGGCAUUGACAUUGAUCCCGAGAGAGCUGCCCUCAUUUCCUUCUGGCAGCCUGCCAGCCACCUUGAAGCGCUCGUGGGCAAGUCACCAUGCCCUGCCAAAUCCAUGGUCGAUCCCAAGCACCAAGAUUCGAUGCUGAUCUGGUCGUACGAUCAGAUGCAGCGGGGAGCUGCUCGUCUCGGAGCCAUCCUCGACAGACACAACGUCCCCGCCGAUUCGAUGAUUCUCACUUUUAUUCCGCACGGCGUCGAAUGGUCGCUCGUCAUGUGGGCCGCCGCACUGAAAUGCCAUACCCUCGUCUGUCGGACAGUCCAGUUACUUCACUCCAGCCUGCCCGAUGACCAGCAGCUGAAGGAAUACUACUUCCGUCGGUUGCGGCCCGCAGUGGUGAUUGUUGAAGACGAGGAGUCCGCUGCGAUUGUUGACAAACUUCGGCAGGAUGCGGCAGCGGCGGCAGGAGAUCAAUCGUCUGACUCUGGCAGCAGCUUCUUCCUCGGUAUCUGCCUCUCCCCCCUCACCCCCGCCCGCCGCGCAUCCGGUAGUAACUGGAUCUCAUUUGCCUCGGACAUCGCCUCCCCCCGGCCACCUUUCACCGACGAGGAGAGCAGCGUCUCAGCUCAACAAGUCCGCGAUCGCCCAGAUCGCAUCUCCAACAUCUUCUUCACCAGCGGCACCUCGGCCUCCCAGCCUAAAGGCGUACCGCGAACGACUAGAAAUGUGUGCGCGUCCAUCGCUUCGCACACUGCCUUCUCUUCUUCUUCUCCCCGCUCCCCUGAGAUUUCGCGGCCCGGAACCGUAGGCCUAAUCUUCUCCGCCAACAUGAUGGCCCUGUCCAUGACCUCCCCGCUAAUACAAUGGUACAACGGCGGUACGGUCGUCGUUCCGUCGCGCGUCUUUUCCGUGUCUGCGAACUUGGAGGCUAUCGAGUGGUGCGGUGUGACCAAUAUGGAGAUGAUGCGCAGCCAACUGGUGCUGCUGGCUAAACACAAGGACUUUGCUCCGCGGAAAAUCAGGUCGAUUCGAGUUAUAUUCGUUAGUGGCGAGAUUAUCACGGUUGGGUAUCUGGAACGGGUGCGGGAGAUGUUGGGUGUUGGCGAGAAAGUGUUGUUGGUCGCUGGAUUUGGAAUGACGGAGGGCGUGGGCGCGCUGGGAUAUCCUCCCAGUGUCCUGAUGGAGGAGGGGAUGCCGAAGCCGUUGGGAGAUGUGAUGCCUGUGGGAACGGCGACGCCGGGGACGAGGAUCAAGGUGGUUGAUGUUGAGAAGAAGAAGAAGGUCUCGGAGACAACUCAGACACCGCAGAAUGAGCAGGCUACCGCUGAGAAGGAGAAAGAGUGGGAGGUGCUGCCCCGGGGUAAGCAGGGCGAACUGCACAUCUCGAAUGAUGCGUAUGUCGAUGGAUAUCUCGACGGGUUAGCACCGCAGAUGUUUUACCGCGAUAGGGAGGGCACCAAGUGGUUCCGCACAGGCGACUUGGCGGUGAUUGAUGAGAGCGGGAUGGUGUUUGUUGUGGGCCGGAUAAAGGAUAUCGUGAAGAGCUCUGUCGGGUUCUUCAAUCCCACGGCUAUAGAGGCAUUCCUGGCCAGGCACUUGUCGGUUGAGGUGUGCGUAAUCGGUAUCCCGUCUCCUAUGCAUGGCGAGAUGCCCUACGUUAUUCUCGACCGCUUACCCGAGAACGGAACGGCAACAGACGUCAACGAGAUGUUCUCUCAGAUGAUGCCCGGGGGAUCAGGAUUCUCGCUCGGGGAGGUCAUUACGCUGAAGGAGCUGGGGUUGGAUACAUGGCCGAUUACUGUUACUGGAAAGAUACAGAGACAUCAGUUGCGGAAGAUUGCGGUGGCGUAUCUGAAGACGAAGGAUAUCAGCGGCUAUGCUUUGGACGGUUAG